AUGCUCCAUCUGAAGCGCUCCGUGAUCGAGGUGGAGCUGACGGAAAGCCGGGGGAUCCUGGAGAGCAUACAGAGGUUCUCCUUGCUGCCGACAUAUCUGCCUGUGAGUUACCACAUCCACAAUGCAGAUGUUUCCUUCUUUCUGAAAGAGGCAAACCAGGAUAUCAUGAGGAACUCUAGCCUUCAGUCUCGAGUGGAGUCCUUCCUAGUCUAUAAAUCCAAGAGGCCCCCCAUCCUGAAUGCCACGUAUGGGCCUUUUUCCAUUGAGCAGGUGGUUCCCCAGGACCUAUUGUCACCUUCAAAUCCAUUUGGAACAACUGCCCCCAAGUUCUCAUUCAACUGGAAGUUGAAGGCAUACAUCAUGAACAACAAAGUCUACCUAAGCCACCCAAAAGUCCAGAUCCUGUUCUAUAUAGUCGGGAGGGACUGGGAUGACUACAGCGUCACCGAAAAGCUGCCAUGCUUAAGGGUCUUCGCUUUUCGAGAGACGAGGGAAGUCCGGGGGAGCUGUCGGCUGAAAGGAGAUCUGGGGUUGUGCGUGGCUGAGUUGGAACUUCUCCCCAGCUGGUUCAACCCACCGACGGUAGUUGCUGGCCGAAAGAAGCUGCUGAAUCAGUCGGAAGGGAGCCCAGUGGAACUUUAUUAUGCUAUCCAAGCAGGGGACGAGAAAGGGGAUUGUGCCAAGGAGGAUCUAAGGAAGAACAAUGGGAUCAGACCUGGGCGCAAUGAUAUUGAUGAAUCGGGGCCACCCUUGCAGCGAAUUGGGAGCGUUUUCCUCUACCAGACACGAGGUAGCCCUUCCUUAAGCGAAAUGUGGUUGGAUAGCAACGUUGCUAUCCAGUAUAUACCAAAGACUGUCAAGCAAGGGGAUGUUUUGACCUUUGUGGUGUCUAUUGCUAAAAAUUCAACAGAGGACCAGUUCACCUUGAGGGCAAAGGUGAAGAAAGGCGUGAAUGUUUUCAGCAUAAGAGCCAGCAAUCCAUACACAUGGGACGUCCAGAAGAGUGUGGAUUAUAUUGGGAAAUAUGCACCGGCUGUUAUAUUUUGUCGAAGGAAAUCUACCCCCUUGGGAAAGAGUUCUGGGAGCCACAUUUUUAGAAGGGCGUUGACCAUCUGGAACAUAUUCAGAGAUAGGUGA